AAAUUGUAACUGCGUUUUGUCGGGCUCGUUAGUAGUGAAGAAAUCGAGGAAGACAUCGAUAAAAUCGCGCAAUCGAUAGUUUAAAAAUAUCAAAUUGAAAGAAAUGGCAGGAAUUAGCUAUCUCCUGUGUCUUCUAAUCGCGGUGUUUACUAUCGUAACCGCGGAUUAUUGCAACAUGCAAUCAUGUAGUGAAAAGGGCAGUCAUACUAUGUGCCAAUAUUCCUCAAGACCAGCUGCAGCAUGCGGAGACUCAUAUAGUAUUGGCCUUAGUGAUGCUGAAAAACGGACAAUAGUAAAUAAACACAACGAAUUGAGACGAAAAGUCGCAUCAGGCCAAGAAACUAGAGGAAAACCUGGUCCACAACCUGCGGCAGUUAGCAUGCCAGACUUG